UGUGGUACUCUAUGGAAAUCAGCCAAAUGACUUCCAUACAAAUGUUCCUCACUUCUUGGGGUUUAUUUUUGAGCGGAGUAAAAUCUUUCGCCUCGCCUCUUCCUCUACCCAGACAACGGAUAGCCAAUCGCAUCAUCAAUCAUGUUGAGCCAACACUUCCGCUUUCUUCUACGCUACGGAAAAGUGUUGUCGGUCGCUAGGUAAACAACAUGGCUGCGGGAUCCAGCGGUGCGGGCAUCGAGCUACAGAAAGAGUUGAUAUGUGCCAUCUGCCUUGACUACUUCAACGACCCGGUCAUUCUCAAAUGCGGACACAAUUUUUGCAAGUUCUGCAUCCUGAUGCAUUGGGAGGAGAACGGAGGAGAGGACGUCGGUUAUCAAUGCCCGGAGUGCCGAAUGAUAUUUAACAAGAUCAGCUUCACCAAGAACUACCUGGUGAAGAACCUUGUUGAUAAGCUGAGUGGGUUGGAGUGUCUGAAUCCCUGUGAGCAGCCGGCUCCGUCCAAGCGUGUCCAAGCAGAUGGGAAAUGCGACAGACAUGGAGAGGAGCUGAAGCUCUAUUGUCACACCGACAACAAACCCAUCUGUGUGGUGUGUAGGGAGUCCCGGGCACACAGACACCAUGAUGUGGCUCCUGUUCCAGAGGUCCUUGAGGAUAUGAAGAGCGAACUGCGUCUGAGGUUGGUGGAAUUAACAUGGCAGAAGACUGUGUGUACCAGAGUGAAGGCUAUGGAUGAGCAGACCAAGAAUGAAGCCAAGUUAAAGAAGCUGAAGCUGAAGGAGAAGAUUGAAGAGGAUGUGGGAUCUCUAGUCCAGUUCCUGUUGGAUGAGAAGGACGACCUACUGGAGGCUCUGGAUGCUGAGGAGGGGACUGUCAUAGGGAUGAUAGAUGACAACCUGAGGUGGGUGGAGACCGAGGUGGUCGCUGUGGACAAACACAUGGCCCAGAUACACAACCACAUCAGAGGAAACACCAGCUUCGAGAGCAUCACUGAGACAUACAAAAACCCUCUAAAGGUGAGCCCUCUCAUCUCAUCUGUUAACUGUUCUGGUGACUGGAUGAAUGAGUUCUCUGGACCCCAUCAGCUGAUCUUAUGGAAAAGGAUGAUGCACGUGUUGCACACCAUGCCCCAGAACCUGACCCUGGACCCAGACACGGCUCACCCUAACCUGGCCAUCACCGACUUUGACACCAAGGUAGAGGAGGUGCGUACCCGUAGCCAGGAACCAGACCUUCCUCAGCGCUUCAAUCGCUUCUGUGGCAUUCUGGCCACUGCACAAUACUCCAGCGGACAACACUACUGGGAGGUGGAUGUGAAGGACAAGGGCGUAUGGUACCUGGGGGUGACAGGGGAGUACAGUCCGGUUUUGAUUUGUUGUUUGUUAUUUCAGGUGGAUGUGAAGGACAAGGGCGUAUGGUACCUGGGGGUGACAGGGGAGUACAGUCCGGUUUUGAUUUGUUGUUUGUUAUUUCAGGUGGAUGUGAAGGACAAGGGCGUAUGGUACCUGGGGGUGACGGGAGUACAGUCCGGUUUUGAUUUGUUGUUUGUUAUUUCAGGUGGAUGUGAAGGACAAGGGCGUAUGGUACCUGGGGGUGACAGGGGAGUACAGUCCGGUUUUGAUUUGUUGUUUGUUAUUUCAGGUGGAUGUGAAGGACAAGGGCGUAUGGUACCUGGGGGUGACAGGGGAGUACAGUCCGGUUUUGAUUUGUUGUUUGUUAUUUCAGGUGGAUGUGAAGGACAAGGGCGUAUGGUACCUGGGGGUGACAGGGGAGUACAGUCCGGUUUUGAUUUGUUGUUUGUUAUUUCAGGUGGAUGUGAAGGACAAGGGCGUAUGGUACCUGGGGGUGACAGGGGAGUACAGUCCGGUUUUGAUUUGUUGUUUAUUUCAGGUGGAUGUGAAGGACAAGGGCGUAUGGUACCUGGGGGUGACAGGGGAGUACAGUCCGGUUUUGAUUUGUUGUUUGUUAUUUCAGGUGGAUGUGAAGGACAAGGGCGUAUGGUACCUGGGGGUGACAGGGGAGUACAGUCCGGUUUUGAUUUGUUGUUUGUUAUUUCAGGUGGAUGUGAAGGACAAGGGCGUAUGGUACCUGGGGGUGACAGGGGAGUACAGUACGGUUUUGAUUUGUUUGUUAUUUCAGGUGGAUGUGAAGGACAAGGGCGUAUGGUACCUGGGGGUGACAGGGGAGUACAGUCCCAGGAAGGGUUUUGUCAACCUGUGUCCAUCCUCCGGCUACUGGAGCCUCAGUCUGCAGGACAGGUUAUAUGCUAACGAGGAGGAUGCCAAGAUACCUCUGGCCGACUACUGGAACUCCCCGAGGGUGGGCGUGUACCUGGACUAUGACGCAGGACGCGUGUCCUUCUACGACGCAGUC